CUCACACAGGCAGCAGGUCACGAGGAUCAGAUGUACAUAGUGCGCUUAGGUCUUUUUAUGGCACUUCCAUCUUCCACCGGGUCUGGAACAAACGAACUUCUAUCAAACCCUUUAGUCCAAACCAAGCACGCGUGCAUAUGGGGGGUCCCCAGCUGAUGUGGCAGUUCUCCGGCGUCCUACAGUCCCUGAAGGCGGCAGCAGCAGCAGCAGUACCCGCAGAUCACGCUCAGUUUCCGCACUGAGACCUAGAGGACAGAGACCAGAGGACCCAGGAGACAGAAGGGACAGGACAGGAGGGACAGGACAGACAGGAGCCAGAGGAUAGACGCCCGGAGCGGACACCCCCCCCCCCACACACAGAGGCGACUUUGUGAAUCUUCACACGAGAGAGCAGUCACAAACGCACAAAGACAGAGCCAUGGCGGAAUACUACGACAUGUUAGGAGUCCAGAGAAAUGCAACGCAAGACGAAAUCAAAAAAGCUUACAGAAAAUUGGCAUUGAAGUGGCAUCCAGACAAGAACCCAGACUACAAGGAGGAAGCAGAGAGAAAAUUCAAAGAGCUGUCAGAGGCGUAUGAAGUGCUCUCAGAUGAAAGUAAGAGGAGUAUUUAUGACAGAUACGGCAAAGACGGCCUUUCAGCAGGAGGAGGAGGAGGAGGAGGAGGAGGCCAUUACAAUCACUAUGACGGUGGCAGCUUCACAUUCCGUAAUCCUGAGGACGUUUUCAGGGAAUUCUUUGGUGGCAGAGAUCCUUUUGCAGAUUUGUUUGCCGAAGACCCUUUUGAUUUCUACAGAGGAAAUUGCGGUCGCCAGGGAGGCGCAAGUCACAACAGGAUGGGCGGCCCGAUCUUUGCUUUUGGAGGCUUCCCAGCUUUCGGGCACGGCUUCCCAGCGUUUGAUCAAGGAUUUAGCUCGUUUGGAGGAAUGGGUGGAGGAGGCGUCACCUCUUUCUCUUCUUCGUCCUUUGGUGGCGGCGGAGGAGGAGGAGGAGGGAUGGGUAAUUUCAAAUCAGUGUCGACCUCCACAAAGUUCAUCAACGGCAGAAGAAUUACAACAAAACGGAUUGUGGAGAACGGCCAAGAGCGAGUGGAGGUGGAGGAAGAUGGCCAGUUAAAAUCACUUACAGUUAAUGACAUGGCAGCCGAAGAGGAGGAAGAGGGUCCUCGCCGCAGACAGAACGCACUUCCUGGCCUCGGCCUGCACCCGCGCUACCUGAGGAACUCCACCCAAACCCCCGCAGAGGAAGAGGAGGACCACGGCCUGCAGUGCCUAACGAGAGGACACAUGGACUCCAAGAGGAAGAAACUGUGGCUAAAGGAAGAGUCCAAAAAGAAAAGAGCUCCUCGACUCUUCCCACGAUUCGGUGGACUCGGCUCUUUUUUUUAAACGCAUACACAGACACGCACACACACACACACACACAGACACACACACACAUGGCAUUAUUUCAUCUGCGCUACCUAUCCGAGGCCCGACAUCCCCACUGUGCCGUCUCUUCUCUUGUCCGUCAGCUGCAGUGCAGAUUAUAGCUCCUGUACACGUUCAUCAGCUGAGCUCCAGCCUGCAGAGACCUCACGUCCAUGUUUUGUUUUGUCCAAGGUGCUUUUAUUUUUUGUAGUUAAGCUUUUGCAUUCUGCUGUAUUUAUUGUGGGGUGGGGGGGGGGGGGGGGGGGGCUGUGGAUGUACAGUGAGCGGUCAGAUCCCUAAUUAAUCUCCUACGUUUGGACUUCUCCACGUUUUGGCAGCGUGUGUUUGUGUCAGAGCGCUUGUUUGCAUUUGAACGGGUUCUGGUGGAAGGAGGAUCACAGAACUUUACUUGUUUGUGAUAAACGUGAGAAUCACUGAACUAACACUGUAAAGCAAGUGAGAAUAAAUGAAGGUCAGUGAAUCCUUCCUCCGAUAGAGAGAAUAGAGAGGGGAUAGAACUCAAUGAAAGCACUUAAGAGUCAACAUUUUUUUUUUUAACAGAAAGAGACGAACAUAUUCUGCACUCUCCUGCGUCAUAUAUGAAAACUGACCAUCAACACUGUAGGCAGUAUUAUUAUCCACAAUACACCACGACUCCCACAGGGUGAGAGAAGCAGCUUCUAAUUUCCUGGAUUCAAGUGUUUGUCAGAAGUUUCCAUAGACGAACGCGACAGUUUCCCUCGUCUGACUCGUCCUUGACGGUUUGUUCUCACGACUGGCGAGUGGAAAUGUGGAAAUGUCAAAGAAAUGUUCAUUUUUUUAUGGACUCUUACAAAUAAACGCGUAAAGAA